ACCUAAUAUGGGAUAACUAGCGUCGCCUAAUGACUACCAUUUUCGGAAUGGACCCGCAGGCGCCUUGAUGUUGACAAGACCAUCUCGGGUUGAGACGCACCAUCUUUUGGCUAUUUUCAGUGGUCGGAAAUCACCAUGUUCAUCGCCAGUUGUGUUCUUUUUAGCUUCGGUUUCCUAAUAUCUCUUCAUCCGUUCCUUGAAACUGCUCACAAACGCCACAGGUGAUGCCGCAUUUCGCAUAACGGAAACCCAACGCCCCCCCCCCCCGCGCCCCUCUGCAACUCCCCCACCCACCCAACCUCUCCUCGCCAAACGUCGCCUUCUUCCUGCAUUUCGGACACGGAUGCGCCGGGUCCCCAACUUCAAGAACCAUACAGUAUAUAGUUUGCGCAAAUGGGUUAACUGCCGGCCUGCUCACUAGAACUAAGAUUUCGGUCUCGAAGCCUGGUUCAACCCCCCAACCACGUUUGGCAUCCAACAUGCUCAUCGGUCCCUUUGACCGCCGUAAACGGCGCCACCGGUGUGACAGCUGUACGAGGAGCCACUUGAAGUGCUCUGGUGAUACCCCCUGCACCACUUGCGUGAAACGCCACCAGCCCUGCCAUUACCUCGUAGCAGCGCAAAAGAAGCCGGCCAUUCUUGUCGACCAAGGGAGGCAGCAAACAGUCGACACCUACUCUGUCCAAAAAGCACACCGGCUAGUUUUUACCAGUAAGAUGGUCAAACUGCCCCCUCGCUCAGACCCGGCCUUGCUCUACUUCUCCUACUACCACGCAUUCCUCCAGAACAACAAAUUCUCCAGCCUUGAAACGCCACAGGAAGAUGCCGGGCAGCUAAUGAGACACGGCGACCCGGAGGCCUUCUUACGCGACGCCAUGUUGUCUCUGGGUGCCCUGCAAGCCUCGAAGCUGAGUGCUGUCCAGAAGUCGAAAAGGGCCCACUACCAGUCUGCCCUGGAAUCUUAUACGAGGGCGAUUGCGGGACUCAGACAUGCUCUCUCCCGGCCCGGCAGAAACAACGAACCCCAUCUGAGGGCGGGGAUCCUUUGGACUACUUUGCUGCUCGGCCUCUUCGAGCUGAUGAACGACGCUACUGGCGACGGGUGGCUGCAGCACCUUGUCCACGGCACAGCGCAGGCCUUGAUAGCGGGUAGUCCCUCGGCAUGCAUCUCUGGGUCUUGCAGCAGGUUCUUCACAGAGUCCAAGAUAUUCGAGGUCUGCCGGGCAAUCCUGUUUAAUCAGCCGAGUUUCCUCGCCGAAGACGGAUGGAUGGCGCUCUCCGCAUCUUUACGGUCAUCCUCGACGACGUGGAACAAGUCACAGAAAGCGUUGGAUUCUUUGCUCGAUAUCGUGGUUCUGUGCUCUUCAUUGCGUGUUCGUGCGGCGGAACUUGUUGAAUCAUUACAAUCCUCAGCAUCCUCGCUAAACGCCACAGAGCAGGCGCAAGCUAUCUCGCUCGAGGGCUUUGCGUUACGCAGCCGCCUUCGGCAUUGGGCAUCCGCCUGUCAUACCUCCCCCGUCUUCCGCGACUCGAGCACAAGGCAAGACUCGGCCGAGAGCGCGCCCGAAUCCGAAUCCCAGCUCCUAGCAGCGACCUUCUUCUCCGCCACCAGCAUCUACCUCUCUGGCGUGUUCGACUACGAGCUGUGCUAUUGGCAGAGCCUAGAUCUACCCACCUCUACCCUGGGCGAAGAUGAGAUCCAGCAACACGUUACCUUCAUCUUGGCUCUGAGCCAGCGGGUUCUGGCUGAAACCAGGAUCUCUCCGCUGCUGCUCCUGUUCCCCCUCCGGGUUGCCAGCGCACGAGCUCGGCAGAAGGAACAAAAGGAGCAGAUCAUGAGAUUGCUAGGGAGGGUUGGAUCGAGCUUUGCUGUUGCUGGGGCUAUCGUGGCUGAUGUGAAGAAUCUAUGGAGCCGGAAUGUCGCCGUAGAGGUUUGUUAG